CGCGGACAUAGAAACUAAUUAAACGUGUAAUGCUAAAAUCGUUGCUGCUCUGCUUGGCCUUAUGCUCAUCGAGUUGGGCUAGCAGCUACAUACAUGUAGAAGACCCGGAACUGGAUGACGAAAUGGAAGCAGAGGAAUCUGUCAAUGUCCCGGUUAAAAUAGCAGCCGUAAUACAAGGCACUACAACGAAGCCCUUGAAAACCCACAGAAGUAGGCGCAGCAGUUUCUUCGCGUCGAUGCAAAGUCUCCUCGAAGAUUCUGUGCCACAGCCAGCGCGGGCGGUGAUGGGUGUGGGCCAGACCUUGGUACUGAAACCAGUGGGAAUGUUGGCAACAAAAUUUGGCAUCUUUCCGUACCAAAAGCAAUAGCAAAAGUAAUGCCCCCAAUAUGAUUUUCCAAAAAGUUAAAUAAUAAAAUGGCAGCACUUCUGCCCAUGCAAAAAGUUCAA